UUCCCGUUUUACCAAACGGACACUCCCACUGAAAACGAAAGUAAUUUUACUGUGCUGAUAAUAAAAAACCUCAGUUUUGCUUCAAAAGACACUGGAUAGAAUGGCGGACAGUAAAUUCUGUGCUGGUUGUCAGCGCAGUGAUGAAGACAUUACAGCUGUAGCUUGGUGCAGUGAUUGCAGCGAACUUGUAUGUAAGGCGUGUUCCAGAGUUCACGAAAAGAUGUCCCCACCUCACAAGGUAGUACAAAUGAAAGAAAUACAACAACUCAGUUCUUCACUCUUCAAAUUGUCCAAGAACUGCAAGAAUCAUCCUGGUCAAAAGAUAAUACUGUACUGCUGUCAACAUGACCAAGUAAUCUGCGAUUCAUGUGUUCCGAUAUCACAUCAUCAUUGCAAGUCUAUCAUUUCAAUUGAAAGAGCAGCUAGAGGCGUGAAAGAUGGCACUGCUAUUUUUGAUCUAGAGAGAAGGCUUUCCAAUCUAUAUCAAGUUACAGAGAACAUACUGAGUCAAAAAGAGACAACACUUGUUGAUUUAGAAAAAAAUCGAAACAAAAUCAAGAAAAGGGUGUCGGAAAUCAAGCAGAACAUUAUUGAUCAUUUAGAUAGGUUAGAAGCAGAUAUUCAUAAAGACAUUGAUUCUAGGUAUAAAACCUGUACUGAGAUGGUGUCCCGAAACAGAAAUAGCUUCCAGUCCAGCUCAGACUCCCUGUCUACAUGGAAAAGUGAUCUACAUUCACUGAAGCAACAUUCAUCAGAAAUCCAUUUAUUCCAGUUGGUAAAAUUUUUAGAUGCAAAAACUUACAAGAAAGAAUUGGAAAUCAGAGAUAUCCAAGCAGCUACUGUUCCGAUUCUAAAAUAUCAUCCGCCAGAAUUCGAGUCGAACAUUAGUAAACUAGUCCCAGACUUAGGUACAAUAACGGUAGAAAAUGUCCAAGUCCAAAUGCCUUUACUAGAUAUUGAUCAACAAGGUCAAUUUCUCGUUAGAGACGAAAGAAAGUUAUCACUGAAACAUUCAUUUCCGACCACGAAAUUAGGAAAUGAAGGAAUAAUCAUAAGAGGAUGCUUUAUUACUGAUGAUAGGUUACUACUCUGUCAAUACAUAUAUAAACCACUUAUUGUUUGUAAACUUGAUGGAUCGAUCUCAAGCGUGAUAGAUUUGGAUGAUAAACCACUAAAUAUGAGCUUAUAUGACAAAAACCAUGCUGUCGUAUCUGUUGGUGGUAAAGGUAUCCAGAUCAUCGACCUGACAUCAUUGAAGCCUGGGAGGAUAAUUAAAGUUGAAGGAAACUGUGGCGGAAUCACCUGUGUCAAGGAUAAGAUCUGGGUAAAAAAUCAACCUCACACUCUAACCAUUGUGGAUAUCAAUGGUAAAGUUCUUAAAGUUAUACAAACAACGUUUGAUCCUGAUCAAAUCUGUGCUAAUCAAGAUGGUGAUAUCUAUUGUACUGACACGAAAAGUAAUAAAGUAUACGUCGUUACAUCAGAUGGAAAAGAACGUGAGAUAUACAACAGUCCUGACCUGGAACCUGCUAAUGGUGUAGCUGUAGAUGACCGUGGGGAUGUUUAUGUAACAAGAUGUUUUUCAAACAACAUACAUAGAAUAUCUAAUGAUGGACAGAAACAUGACAUCGUCUUGACAGCAGACGAUGGUAUCAAUGGACCGACCCUUUUAUCUUACAACAAUGAAUCAAAAGAACUGUUAGUCGUAAACAACUUUAAUAGAUCUAUCAACAUUUAUAAAACAUAAUUAACACUGCCAAAUGAACACUAAAAUGACAGUAAGAAUUAGUCAUUACUCUUAGAUGAAAAAAAUAAUAUUUUAAGUAAAUAUUAAGAUAUAUAGAUUAUCUAUAACUGUUGCCUAAACUUUUUAAUCUAAUCGGGUAAUCAGAUGUUGCCCUUAUUCAAGAAAAAAUGUAUACUGACAAAUUGAAUAAUAAUGAAAAAAAAUCCAACAAUAUUUUAUAAAAGUCAAUAUAAUUAAUUAUUAAGUAUAGUUAAUAUGUCACCUUUUUACUAAUAUAUGACGAAUUCAAGAAUCUAAAUAAAUAUUUUGAUACUAGUUGUAAGUUAUUUUUCAAACUUGCACACAGAGCAAAAAAAGGUCACUGUCACGGAUAGUUUUGCAUAUAUCGGUCAUUCAUUUAAUAUCAGUUCAUGAAAGAACAAAAUUAUAAUUCAGUUAUUUGGGACUUAAAAAAAAAUACUUGAAUGUUUUUAUGGAAUGUAGUUUAAAAAUUGUAUAUAGGAAUUUGCAUUAUAUUGAAGGUUGAGUGAUGCCACCUAACUAAUUUUAUUUUUUUUAUGUCAAAAGGCCAAUCUUAAGAACUUUUAUCUUGCAUGCAUUUUGUACAUAUCCUUUAACACAGCAAAUUUCGCACGUGUAACUUAGUCGGGUGUGUCUAUUUUUCUGUGUUGAUCUUUGUAUUAUGUAUUCGGGUUUUGUUUUCUGUCAUUAGUUAAUACUUCAGUUUCAUUAUGUAUAUCUUUCAUAUUUAUUUGAUAAAAUUUACUGUUUGCAAUAGCAUGAAUUGUUCUUAAUAAAAAGGA